ACUCUGCAGAGAUUAGCUUGUUAGCAACGGCGUGGCUCCUUUAUUCCAGUCUCGUUUGUUGAAUCCCGCGUUAAAAUCAUUGACAUGCGAUGGAGGGGUCCGAUACAUACCUCAUACGACCUAAUCACCAGGACAAGUUUAAGCCAGCCAUUGUAAAGGAGUGUGUCCGUGAAAUUGUGAGGGAGAGACUUUCUGGGAUGCAAUACGACCCAGAGGAAGUCCCCGAGCUGUCCAGGUCCCUGGCAGACUGCAUCAAGGACAAAGUGAAGAAUGCAGGGUUUGAUAGAUAUAAGCUUGUUGUGCAGGUGGUCAUCGGAGAACAACGAGGACAAGGAGUCAAGAUGUCUUCAAGGUGUUUGUGGGAUGCUGACACAGACAGCUACACAGAAGAUGUAUUCAUGAACGACAGCUUGUUCUGUGUGGUGGCAGUUUUCGGAAGCUAUUACUACUGAAGACAAGAGGAUGGAUGACAGAGAAGUCUUUCAGAUCAAAAGAUGUGAGGCGCACGUCCAACUGAGACUGCUCACCGUCAGCACUUUGGGUCCACGGUGCGUUGAACUGAAGUAACCGUGUACGUAACUGCUGCAUCUUGAGAUCAAGACGAGCGACCUGUUCUGUUGCUAUAGUGAUUUUCAAAAUUAGGAUUUCAUCAGGAUUUCCUAACCAGACAAGAUGAUUAUUGAAGACCGAAGCCUCUUAGAAAAGUGACCAGCUGUUAACACUGAAGGGAUAACAGUUUAAAAGUGUCUUCAGCAACAUUUCCAGAAACAUAUUAUUGUGUGUGACCAGAUCUGGUAGAUUAGUAGAAUCCUUUUGAUCACAGCUGUUGCAGUGCAGUGGAGUGCAUAUUUGUACUGCACUUUAAGGGGUUAACUUUGCACAGCAGCUACAGUAGAGGUCAGUAUUUAUCUCUGAUUAUAAAUAUCAGGACAGCAGAUUGCUGUUGGAGAGACACUGAAAUUAUACAGGAGCAGGAAAGACUAAAGAAGAAAUUGAACCAUUGUCUAUCUAGCGUAUCACCACUUUCAUUCUGCUCAUCCCUUUUAUAUUGUUGCCUCUUUCUGCUAUUAUUGGAGUCCUUAAAAAUUAGAUCAACUCUUAGUUUGAUUUGACACUAUGAUUGUGACAUCUGUUGGUGACGUCCUAUUGAGCAAACAACUAUCUAACACAGAAGUGAGCUAGCUUGGUAUUUUUUAAGACUAUAACAUUUAAAAUUUUGUUUCAGUAUCAAAUGCCCAGUAUUUCAAAUACGUGUCAGCUACUGUUAUCAUAAACAUUAUUUCCUAUAUACAUUGUAUGUAACACCACAAUAUUAUAAAAUACAUUAUCACAUUAACCAUUUGUCAUAAAUAAAUCAAAACAUCACUGAAAAGAUUUUAAACAUUCAACUGCCUACAGAAACAUUUCUAGCCACACAGAAUUUCCCGGCUUGAGCUAAAUUUGUAAUGUUGGAUUUGUCACCAGGCAAGACUUCACAUGAGAUGCCACCUGAAGUUAUCCAGAUUGGAUUUUUUUUUUCUUCCCAUGGCCAUUAUAUUUCAACAGUCACAAUAUGCUGUGGGACUCAUGCUAGGCAUGAAAACAAGGACUGUCACAGAAAUAUCAUAUUUAAGAUAUUAUUUAUACAUUUAUUGCUUUAAAGCAGUAC